AUGGGCAGAAGAAAGAUCGCCAUCGAGCCGCUUACUGACGACCGCAAUCGCACCGUCACCUUUGUCAAACGGAAGGCGGGCCUCUUCAAAAAAGCCCACGAGCUCGCGGUGCUCUGUCAAGUGGAUCUCGCCGUGAUUAUCGUCGGCGCCAACGGCAAGGUGUACGAGUUUUCGUCGGUGGACACCAACGAGAUCAUCCAGACGUACCAGCAGAAACAGGGGAACAUCCACGAGCGGAAACGACCGGAAAACUACGGAUACUACGCCAAGAAACGCCUGGCAAGCGCUAAUACGGACGCCGAGCCCCCACACGACGCCGGCGACGACCUGAGCGACGACGACCUGGCUCCAUCGCUGCCGCGGGAGCUGAAACGGCUAAAGCUUGAAGACGACGUCAAAUUGCACGCGCUGGACCAGCCGGUGUUCCCCUUUCGGACUAAAGACAGCGAGGGGCCAGCGCUUGCGGCUACCAACGCUACCGCUGCUAAAACCACACCUAGCCCUCCCCAGCGGCCUGUGCUUAGGGUACAGAUCCCCACCGACACCACGCCGCUGAAACCGGGGUCCGACUCAGCGAAAACCGUCACCGCGCAGCUGGCGAACCUCCCGGGGCAAUUGCGCUCGCAAACCGAGCCCGAUAAGCAGGCCAAGAUGUCGUUGGCGCCGCCAGUGGCCAAGUACCCCAACUACACUCUGUUGCGGCUGCCGGACCUGCGCAAACCGCCGGUACUCCUCCCCAUCCACGCCAAGUCGCAGCUGCUGCUGCCCCUGGACGUCACGGCGCCCAACCCGCUACCCAGCACUUACUACCAGCCCGUAGUGGUCGCAGGAAUGCCGCAGCAGCUGCCGCUGACAAUACUACCGACACCUUUAGUCAAUCAGGCGUUUGCACUGGCAAUUCCGGCUCAGUACAAUAGAGUGUUGUACCCAGGCGACCAGCAGACACCGAUAGAGCUUAGAUACGCCCAGGGGGAGAUGUUCCCGCUGCCACUGACGUUUUACCCGCCACACGACUGGCAGCUAUCGACGGGGAUGACUCCACUAAACCAGCAGGCACCAGGAGGAGCGUUUAAUCCACCGCCGCUGCAGCCAGGAGGCUCUCUGGGCACUCCAGGACUGGCGUCGCAACCAGCACCACCACUGGCGUUCCCCAACCAGGCGACUAUCGCCAAUUUUGGCCGGACGGUCCAGGCGGUGCAGCUGCGAGAUAACUUCCCCUCGCCCUUACACUUCAACAACUUCACCAACGACAAAGACAAAUGA